ACAUUUUUCAUGCAUAAUACAGUCAGUCUGAGUUUGAAAAGUCAAACACUUGGUACUGUGCUGUCAACGGUCGAUCCUGCGGUUCUAUUUUUUAGCGACAAAUACCGUUCAGAAUGAAUGAGAUAUUGAAAUUGAAGAAUAAUUUUUCUUCACCUUCGCAAGUGAAGAUCUGCGAACUGAUCAAUCAGCAUGUGUCAUCCACUGACUCCUCAAUACAAGAAUGUGAACAGCGUCUUGCUGUGGAUCGGCAGAAGAUCGAUAAUUUAUCCUCAGAGUUCUCGAUUCUAAAAGACAAAUGUGAUGCUGAAAAAACAAAUCUUGAUGCCAAAAUGAGGGAAUUGAAUGCAGAAAAACAGGAAGUAAAAGCACUGGAAACUGAGCGGGAUAAAAUAAUUAAGCAUAAUUUUAGCCUUGCAAGAAACUGCCACAAGUUAUCAACAAAGAAGCCUAAUGUCACAGAUCAACACAUUUUAGAUCUUGGCAUAAAAAAGUUUGAGUUAUACAAACAGCUUACACGAAUACGGUGGGACUAUAUUGCACUUGAAGAAGCUACAAAGGGAUUUGUCUCUGAUAAAAAAAAAUACCUUCGCACAUUCUGUUUCCCAAACGAUCUCAAAAGUGCAGAACUAUGCGACCUUUUAUGGAGAGAAAUUGAGCGGUCCACAGAAAAAUUCAACAAAGACGAUCACGAAGAUAAAGAAAAUGUAUCCAACACAUGAAUGGGUCGACGCCUGUUGGAGAAAUAAUAUUUUACAAUAACAUUAACCAAAUAAUCUGUAAAUCGUUGGAGUCCCUGAAUUGCUGAAUACGAAAAAUACAUUUUUACGUUUUGUACCAAGCUAAA